CGUCUGAGUGUGGAGACAGACUCAUUCCUGAUUUCAGUUAGAUUUGAGACGCAGCAGCUAGAGAUGUCUCUCAUCCUCACUGUGCUGGACAAGCUGUCCUACUUCCUGUCUCUGGUGGCGUUUUGUGUCAGUGCGUCUCACGGCUGGCUCAGAUAACGCUGCUCCUCUCGCUGGGAGGUGAUGCUGAGGUUUGGGUGGAGUUAGGAUGUUGUCAUUUAGAAGCUGUGGACACCUGAUACCUGACAGUGUGAAUGAAGGAAGCGAGGACGAUGCUGCAGAGAGGAGCGCUGAGGACGGUCCAUCUUCUCGCCCUGGUGCUGUGUGUUUCCGCUGGUGGAGACUUUGACUGGACCAAACAGGAGAAAACAUCUUUCUACUACAGCACCUUCCCGACCGGUUUCUCGUGGGGAGUCGGCAGCUCGGCGUAUCAGACUGAAGGAGCCUGGAAUACAGAUGGAAAAGGAAUGAGCAUCUGGGAUGUUUUUGCUCACAAAAAGGGAAAAAUCUCCUCAAAUGAAACAGGAGACUCUUCAUGUGAAGGCUACUACAAGUUCAAGGAUGAUAUUAACUUGAUGAAGGAGAUUAAGCUGAAUCAUUAUCGAUUCUCUAUUUCCUGGCCAAGGAUUUUACCCAGCGGAUCAAAAAGUGAGCACAUUAACGAGAAGGGAAUCAGAUAUUAUAACGACCUGAUCAACAUGCUCCUGGACAAUAAGAUCACACCUGUGGUGACUCUGUAUCACUGGGAUCUACCUCAGGUACUGCAGGAGAAACAUGGCGGCUGGCAGAACGCGAGCAUGGUCAGUUACUUUAACGACUUUGCCAGCUUGUGUUUUGAAAGGUUUGGAAACAGAGUGAAGCACUGGAUCACCUUCAACAACCCCUGGUCGAUAGCUGUAGAAGGUUACGAGACAGGAGAACACGCCCCAGGACUGAAGCUGAGGGGAAGCGGAGCUUACAAAGCGGCUCACCACAUCAUCAAGGCCCACGCUAAAGUCUGGCACACGUAUGACACCAAGUGGAGAAACAAGCAAAAAGGUCUGAUCGGGAUCUCCCUGACUGCUGACUGGGGAGAACCGGUGGACGUGUCCAACCAGAGGGACAUCGAGGCAGCAGAGAGGUACAUUCACUUCUACCUGGGCUGGUUCGCCUCGCCGCUCUUCCAUGGAGACUACCCACAGGUUAUGAAGGAGUACAUCGGCAGGAAAAGCGGUCAGCAGGGUCUGGGAGCUUCACGGCUGCCUGUUUUCUCACCUCAAGAGAAGAGUUACAUCCGAGGAACUGUCGAUUUCCUGGGCCUUGGCCACUACACCACCCGCUACGUCACCCAGAAGAACUACCCAUCAGGCUUUGGGGACAGUUACUUUGCAGAUCGGGACCUUGCUGAGCUGGUGGACCCACAGUGGCCCGAUCCUGGUUCUGAGUGGCUCUAUUCAGUUCCCUGGGGAUUCCGGCGCUUGUUGAACUUUGUAAAGACCCAGUAUGGAAACCCGAUGAUGUACGUGACGGAGAACGGAGUCUCAGAGAAAAGGCUUUGCACCGACCUGUGUGACGACUGGAGGAUGCAAUACCUCAGAGAGUACAUCAACGAAAUGCUGAAAGCCGUUAAAGACGGCGUGAACGUGAAGGGCUACACCGCCUGGUCUCUCCUGGACAGCUUCGAGUGGGAUGAAGGCUUCUCGGAGAGGUUCGGCCUCUACUUUGUGGACUUCAGCAACAAAAACAAACCGCGUUACCCGAAAGCUUCGGUCCAGUUCUACAAACGCAUCAUCAGCUCCAACGGCUUCCCCAACCAGAGAGAGGUGGAGAGCUGGAAGAGGAAAGCUGUGGAGACCUGCUCCUCCAGUAACCAGCUGCUGGCUGCAGAUCCGCUGAUCGGCCACAUGGAGAUGGUGACGGAGAUCGUUGUUCCCACGGUGUGCACGCUCUGCAUCCUCCUCAGCGCGGUUUUCUUCAUGUUUCUGCUGCGCCGCCGUCUCUGAGGAACACACGGACCACCUCGUCUGGAAGCUGAAGCAACCAAUCAGAGCAGCUUUAUCCUGCCAUUGCUUUGACGUCCUGAUGUUCUGUUUCCUUUGGGUUGUCAAUAAACGGUGAAAAUUAGCAAAAUCUGAUCAUU